AGAAGGCAAAACACGCUAAAUUCAUAGAAAUUUUAGACGACAGAAAACGGUAGAUCUGAACCAUUCUGUAGCCUGCGUUUACUAAAAUAGAAUUUCUGGACCAUUCUGUAACCUGGGUUUACUAAAAUAGAAUUUCUUUUUCUUGACUGUAUUCCAAACUCUAUGUUAGUUUCUAAAGCCAGGAAGAAUAUUUCAACCAUUUUGUUGAUAAAUUUUGGUUAUAUAUUUGGAGGUGCAAAAGGCUGUUGAAAUCGACCUGGUGCUCGACAAUGGCAAGCGUGAAUAUCGUCCUUAUACUUUUCCUCCUUCCUUCCUCUAUUUUUGCACAGGCCAAUUUUAGUUUCCACUUCAACCAAUUCAACGCAUCGACCCUUGAACUGUUUGGGAAUGCUUCAGUGCAGUCCAAUGCCAUCGCCGUCAAUGGUUAUUUCCAAUACAGUCUCGGCCGUGCUUUUUAUGGACAACAUGUGCGUAUGAUAGAUCGUGGGUUUCCGAAUUCUGCUUUGUCUUUCAGCACAACUUUUGUGUUUAGCAUUGUUCCUUCUCCAGAUUUGGUAAGCGGUCAUGGACUGGCGUUUCUAAUGACGCCCCAGAAAUUUCCAGACGGAUUGAUAGGAGCUGAGUAUCUUGGCUUGUUUAGCGAUCUUUCAAGCUUGGGAAAUGCCUCUAAUCAUCUGCUUGCAGUUGAGUUCGACACAAUAAAGAACGAGGAUGUUCACGACAUCAACGACAAUCACGUUGCUGUGGAUAUCAACGACCUCAUAUCUCCAUACUCCCUGUCUGCGGGCUACUGGAUUGGUAACAGCCAGUUCCGCAAUGUCGAACUAAAAAGCGGACAGAAUCUUCAAGCUUGGAUUGAUUAUGACAAUCUUCUCAGCGAGCUUAACGUCACCAUUACAGAGGCUGGUUUAAAUCGCCCAGAAAAACCACUGAUACAAAUAAAAAACAUGUCUCUGUCCGACAUUUUUGAAGAAGAAAUGUACGUUGGUUUCUCAGCUGCUACGGGAUCCGUUAUUGAUAGGACUUAUAUCCUCGCCUGGAGCUUUGCUACAAAUGGAGCUGCCCCGUUCCUGAAUACAUCUAAUCUUCCAUCGUUUGCACAGAAAAAAUCGAAGGGCUCAAAUUCUAAACUAAUAGCCGCCAUAAGCACAGCUUGCGGCGUCCUGCUCCUAGUAGUUGUAGUGGCAUCACUUAUUCGGUUGAAGAGAAACAGGUACGGUGAUAUCAUCGAAGAAUGGGAGAAGGAAUACUGGCCUCAAAGGUUAGACUACAAAGACUUACAUUUUGCAACCAAGGGCUUUGGAGAAGAACAACUUCUGGGAUCCGGAGGCUUCGGUAAGGUCUACAAAGGAGUACUUCCAACAAAUGGCUUCCAAGUAGCGGUGAAAUGCAUUCUUAGAGAAACUUAUGAUGGCGUGAAAGAAUUCAUAGCAGAGAUAUCCAGUCUUGGCCGCCUUCAACAUCGAAAUCUUGUGCAAAUCAGAGGCUUCUCAAGGCUGGGCAAAAAGCUAUUCAUAGUUUAUGACUACAUGCCCAACGGGAGCCUGGACAAGAAGAUAUUCGGAAACCCAAAGACUGUGUUAGGAUGGAAUGAAAGGUACAGAGUCCUCAUGGAUGUUGCUGCUGGGCUGGUGUAUCUUCAUGAAGAGUGGGAGCAAUGUGUAGUGCACAGAGACAUCAAGGCCAGCAACGUUUUGCUAGACUCGGAGCUCAAUGGAAAGCUAGGGGACUUUGGACUUGCCCGUCUGUACGAGCAUAACGAAAAGUCGCAAACCACUCGUGUAGUCGGAACGCUAGGGUACAUCGCACCGGAGCUCAUACGCACAGGAAAGGCGAGCCCAGCCACAGAUGUUUUCAGCUUUGGUAUCUUUUUGUUGGAGGUCGCAUGCGGAAGGAGGCCCGUCGAUCCCUCCCUCGAACCUGCUCAAGUAGUUUUGGUAGACUGGGUGAGAGAGCUUCAUGCCUAUGGCAGUCUCUUGGAUGCAGCCGACCCGAAUCUUGUGGGAGAAUAUGUUGAAGCUGAGAUGGAGAGAGUACUUAAACUGGGGCUGUUCUGUUCUAAUCCACAGCCACAAGGAAGGCUUUGCAUGAGACAAGUUUUGCAAAUACUUGAAGAAGAAUCUCCAAUACCAGCUCUUGAUGAUCUGUUUUAUGUGGAGAUGAGUGGACACAGCAGUACUUGGAGGUCUUCUCUAUAUUUGAGCCACAGCACAGAUGCUUCCACUUCAGUGCCUUUAGACAGACAGCUGACUCUUCACAAGUAGGUCAAACAUCAGCCUUGUAAUACUUGUUCUCUGACUGUUGCAGUGUAUAUAAGAUGGAUCUUUGUGAGCUGUGUUUUCUCCUCUUUCUUCUUGUUAGGGAUUCGACUUGCUCUUUAGACAUGACGAAGUGCGUAUAUGUCACAUAUUUGGAUACAAAACCCGUAAUUGAAGUUCAACAUAGCUUCUAAUGGUAGAAUUUAUUCACUCGGUUCAAAAUUGUUGCUUUUAUACUGGAUAUCACAAAUUUGUUAUUGUAAUCCAUGCUGAUCCAGAUGCUUAUUACUGCUAAUGUUUUGAAAGUUCAUAGGGCAUGGUCAGUCGCCCGACCGGAAGCAACUGAUUAUUUGUGAAAGUAAUGGUCCAUGGUUUCAAUCGUAUAUCCUGGUGCGUCU